UUAUUUUUUAAUUUGAAGAUAAGGUAAGGAUCGAAGCCAAGGGCUCAAGUCUCUCUUUCGAUCUAACGGAUAUGAUCAAAGCCACGUGUAACAAAUCUUAUCGACAAACGAACGACCAAUAACUACUCACGUGUCACCACGAUCCGAUUAUUAUCCUCUCGAUCCAACGGACCCAAUACACUCUCUCUUCCUCUCUCUCUCUAGCGGCGACCUCCGAUUUACCGUUAGAUCUGAGAUGGCGGACUCCGACAACGAUUCUGGCGGCCACAAGGACGGAGGCGGCGCGUCGUCGCGUGAGCAGGAUAGGUUUCUGCCGAUCGCGAACGUGAGCCGGAUCAUGAAGAAAGCAUUGCCUGGGAACGCGAAGAUCUCCAAGGACGCGAAGGAGACCGUGCAGGAGUGCGUAUCGGAGUUCAUCAGUUUCGUCACCGGCGAGGCGUCGGACAAGUGUCAGAGAGAGAAGAGGAAGACGAUCAACGGCGACGAUCUUCUCUGGGCGAUGACGACGCUGGGGUUCGAGGAUUACGUGGAGCCGUUGAAGGUGUACCUGCAGAAGUACAGGGAGGUGGAAGGGGAGAGGAUGACGACGGGGAGACAGGGGGAUAAGGAAGGUGGCGGCGGAGGAGGAAAUGGAAGCUCCGGGGGAUCCGGAGGAGGAUACAAUGGAGGAGGAGGGAUGUACGGUGGGAUUGUGACGAUGGGGCAUCCUCAUCAAGGACACGUGUACGGUGGAAGUGGGAUAAAUUAGAGAAUCAGCAAUCUCUCUCUGUCUCUGACUCGGUUAACUCGAAAUGGCUCUCACAGGAGAAUGCUAUAUGCAAUGUAAAUGUAUUAUCUUUCUAUCUCUGCUUGCUAUGUUCUUUUGCAAGCUUGUGUUGUUAAUUCGUCUUUGUUAUUGAUUUUAGCCCCUCAUGGUGCAACAAGUGUAUGUUCUUAGAUGAUUCUAAAUCAUUUUGUAUAUAAUUAAGGUAUUGCACACAAAGAGUUUCUUUUUA